AUGUCGAAACCCGAGAUAUCCCUAUCCCCACCCUCCUCAACCUUGAGCGAGAUGCGGCGUUUCAUCCAGCUGUCUAACAAAAUCCCCGAUAUAGACGAUUGGACCGGAGUUAGCGAUCCUAAAAUCCGGAGAAGAGUCCAAAAUCGCUUGAAUCAGCGGGCAUUCAGAUCUCGGCAGGAUACUGAUACUCUUAGCAAGAGGAAGAGUGUCAAGAAGGAAAAUGGACGGUCUCGACACAUCCCUGACCUGACUACCUCAGCUCAGGACAUAUCAGUGACGCCUCGACCGGUAGCGGACCGACUGCCCCAGUGGACAUGGGCCCCCUCCAAUCUUCAGGAAUUGAUGGCACAGUACGAGCGCCGGGCCACUGAAAGCUACCUUGGAGGCUCGCCUCAGGUCGACCAUCUUAUCAGUCUCAGCAGGCUAAACAUCUGGCAUGCAGCUAAUACAAAUAUUGUUGCUCUUGGCAUGACCACUGAAUAUCUAUGGGCCGACGCUUCUAUAUCAAUUUUUAGCACCCCCUCCAUAUGUGUUUUGAGAGAUACCACUAUUCCCACAAAUCUGCAGCCAACUGCCUUGCAAAAAGCGACUCCACAUCAUCCUUGGUUGGACAUAUUUCCAUUUCCAAGCAUUCGAGAUAACCUGAUACGUAAGGGGAACGACCUCGAUGACGAUGAUCUAUGCCAUGAUCUUAUGGGCUUUUGGGACACUUGUCGGCCUAACGCAACCGUGUUGGUUUGGGGCCCUCCAUGGGAUCCUUCAAAUUGGGAGGUCACAGAGGCAUUUGCGAAGAAAUGGGCUUGGACGCUUAAAGGGUGUCCCGAAAUUCUGAAGUCAACUAAUCGCUGGCGAGUGCGAAGAGGGGAAAAGCCGUUGGCUUGGCGGUAUGUGCUAUCCUCAACUCUUGAAUAG